AUGACCUCUGGGUUGAAUUGCUGUUAUUACAGAGGCCAGUACCAGCUUGGGCUGGAAGAAGUUUCACCACAACAAAGUCUGAGUUCUGAAUGGCCACAGCUGCAGAAGAGCCUCCAGGGCUACAGGGCCUCUCUGGUUAACCUGCAGAGUCAGCUCUGGAGGAGACUGUCGUCUCUCAGAGAUUUGACCGGGGCUCGAAAAAAUGCUUCUCCCGAGAGUCCAACCACCAGCAUGUCUCCGGCCAUGAAAAAAACGAUUGGCCAUCGUGGAAUUGAUCCCACUGGGGAGACGACGUACAAGAAGACAACAUCAUCCGCCCUGCAAGGCGCUAUCCAGUUAGGCAUCACGCACACGGUGGGCAGCUUAAGCCAAAAGCCUGAGAGAGAUGUGCUGCUCCAGGACUUUGAAGUGGUUGAAAGCAUCUUCUUUCCCAGUGAGGGCAGUAACCUGACACCAGCUCACCACUAUGGAGACUUCAGGUUCAAGACAUACGCCCCCAUGGCCUUUCGCUACUUCAGGGAGAUGUUUGGCAUCCGGCCUGAUGACUACAUGUACUCUCUGUGUAAUGAGCCGCUGAUUGAGCUGUCAAACUCCGGGGCCAGUGGAUCUCUCUUCUACGUCUCCAGUGAUGAUGAAUACAUCAUUAAGACAGUGCAGCACAAAGAAGCCGAGUUUCUGCAGAAACUGCUUCCAGGAUACUUCAUGAACCUGAACCAGAACAAACGGACCUUAUUACCAAAGUUUUAUGGACUCUAUUGUGUCCAGGCUGCGGGUAAGAACAUCCGUAUUGCAGUCAUGAACAAUCUGCUUCCGAGCGCCGUAAAAAUGCACCUCAAGUAUGAUCUAAAGGGCUCCACCUACAAGCGAAGGGCUUCGGCUAAAGAGAGGGAAAAGGCCGUGCCUACAUACAAGGACCUGGAUUUCAUGCAGGACAUACAUGAGGGAUUGUUACUGGAAGGAGACAAGUACAGUGCUGUUUGCAAGACCAUCCAUAGAGACUGUCUGCUUUUGCAAAGUUUUAAGAUAAUGGAUUACAGCCUUCUGGUGGGAAUCCACAAUGUAAAUCAGGCGUGUCAAGAGCAGGCCAGCGAAGAGGCUGGGGCUGUGGACCAAAGGCGGCCACACGGUCAAAAGUCCCUGUACAGCACUGCUAUAGAGGCCAUCCAGGCUGACGCAGGGAGCAUGGGAUCACUGGACACAGAGGACAAAACGGGAGGAAUCCCAGCGCAAAACUCAAAAGGCGAGCGGCUGCUGGUGUAUAUUGGUAUCAUUGACAUUCUGCAGUCAUAUAGAUUGGUUAAGAAGCUUGAACACUCGUGGAAAGCUCUGGUCCACGAUGGGGAUACUGUAUCGGUUCACAGACCGAGUUUCUACGCAGAACGAUUUCAGAAGUUCAUGUGCAAUGUAGUGUUCAAGAAGAUCUCAUUAAAAGCUUCGCCGUCUAAGAAGCACCGUUUAGUGGCACAUGUUCCUUUGAGAAAGACUGCUGGCUCAGGGCCUUCUCUGUCGACCCAAACCAGUAGCAACAGCCAACACCCGUUUCUUCAACAUCAAGUCAGCUCUGAGACCAAAGAAGACACUGAAGGAGACAAUGUCAUGCAGUCCGGUCCUCCUGACCUUCUCCCAAAGACCUUCCUGGCCAGCGACGCUGUUGGCACUGCUACUGAAACAGCUAUCUCCUCCUCGGAAAACCCUGGAUUUGCUACCAAAAGCAACCCUCUGGCUCACUCUCAGGAUGCCUACAAGUCAGUAGGAGUGGAUUCAAACAACACAUUGAGCAAAGACAAAGAGCACAGCACCACCAAGAGAGCUCAGCAUGAAGAACGUUUUGAGGACGUGAUCUCACUCAGUGACAUUGUUCCUGACGCAAGCAAAUGCUCUGUAAGUUAA